UCAUUCUACCAGCUUUCCACAUCAAUCACCAGCCUUCAACUCUCAAUACACACCGCAAAUCCUUCACCAUGGGUAAGGAAGAUAAAGCCCACAUCAACGUGGUCGUCAUUGGCCAUGUCGACUCCGGAAAGUCGACGACGACCGGUCACUUGAUCUACAAGUGCGGUGGUAUUGACAAGCGUACCAUUGAGAAGUUCGAGAAGGAAGCCGCUGAGCUGGGCAAGGGCUCUUUCAAGUAUGCGUGGGUUCUUGACAAGCUCAAGGCCGAGCGCGAGCGUGGUAUCACCAUCGAUAUCGCUCUCUGGAAGUUCGAGACCCCCAAGUACUACGUCACCGUCAUUGACGCCCCCGGCCAUCGUGAUUUCAUCAAGAACAUGAUCACUGGUACCUCCCAGGCCGAUUGCGCUAUUCUCAUCAUUGCCGCCGGUACUGGUGAGUUCGAGGCUGGUAUCUCCAAGGAUGGCCAGACCCGUGAGCACGCUCUGCUCGCCUUCACCCUCGGUGUCCGCCAGCUCAUUGUCGCCAUCAACAAGAUGGACACCGCCAACUGGGAGGAGAAGCGUUUCCAGGAGAUCGUCAAGGAGACCUCCAACUUCAUCAAGAAGGUCGGAUACAACCCCAAGACCGUUGCUUUCGUGCCCAUCUCGGGCUUCAACGGCGACAACAUGAUCGACAACUCCACCAACUGCCCCUGGUACAAGGGCUGGGAGAAGGAGACCAAGGCCGGCAAGUCUUCUGGCAAGACCCUCCUCGAGGCCAUUGAUGCCAUUGAGCAGCCCAAGCGCCCGACCGACAAGGCUCUCCGCCUUCCCCUCCAAGAUGUGUACAAGAUCGGCGGUAUCGGAACAGUUCCCGUCGGCCGUAUCGAGACUGGUGUCCUCAAGCCCGGCAUGGUCGUUACUUUCGCCCCCAGCAUGAUCACCACUGAAGUCAAGUCCGUCGAGAUGCACCACGAGCAGCUCGCCGAGGGUCUCCCCGGUGACAACGUUGGCUUCAACGUCAAGAACGUCUCCGUUAAGGAGAUUCGUCGUGGCAACGUCGCUGGUGACUCCAAGAACGACCCCCCUGCGGGCGCCAACUCUUUCACCGCUCAGGUUAUCGUUCUCAACCACCCCGGCCAGAUCGGUGCUGGUUACGCCCCGGUUCUUGAUUGCCAUACCGCCCACAUUGCCUGCAAGUUCGCUGAGCUCCUCGAGAAGAUCGAUCGCCGUACCGGCAAGUCUAUUGAGGACAACCCGAAGUUCGUCAAGUCUGGCGAUGCUGCCAUCGUCAAGAUGAUUCCAUCCAAGCCCAUGUGCGUGGAGGCUUUCACCGACUACCCGCCUCUUGGUCGUUUCGCCGUCCGUGACAUGCGUCAAACUGUCGCUGUCGGUGUCAUCAAGGCCGUCGACAAGGUUGACCCCAAGGCUGCCGGUGCCAAGGUCACCAAGUCCGCUGGCAAGGCCCUCAAGAAGUAAAUUCUUCCUCCGCACUAAUACCAAUGAGGAAUCGGGUAUCGAUCAGGCUCGUCAAUGGAGACGCGUCAUGCACAAGGAUUUCUUUGCGUCACAUGUAUCUCGG